AAGGUUUAGAAACCUCCUCAGCAUGUCAUUCAUAAAGCCACUAGAGAGGAGGAAGGACCUGAAGAAGAAACACAUGCUGUAAACUGUCUGACUGGAUAACGUUUUCUCGUGAGGAGCUCAAAUAGACAACAGCUUCAGUGAUGAAGACACCAUCAGUGUUGAUCUCUGCAGCAGUUCUGCUGCUGCUGCUCAUCCAGCUGAGGUGUGCAGAUGCUGUCACCUUUCAAGGCCCAAACAAGUACAACCCAAACGACUCGGAGAGAUGCCACCACCAGCCCGCCAUCAGUGGACUAAUUUCCCGCGGGAUUGGACCUGUGACCUCCACCGACGAGGUGCUGGAGUCCAGCCAGGAGGCGCUGCACGUCACGGAGGGUCGCUACCUGAGGCUGGACUGGUGCAAGACGCAGCCGCUCAAACAAACCAUCCAGGAGGAGGGCUGCAUUACACGCACCAUCAUCAACCGCUUCUGCUACGGACAGUGCAACUCCUUCUACAUCCCGAGACACAACUACCAGGACGGAGACGCCUUUCAGUCCUGCUCUGCAUGCAAACCCAAAACCUUCAGCACCGUCACCUACACCCUGUUCUGCCCGGGUCAGAUACCAAACACCAGGAGGAAACGGAUCCAGCGCGUAAAGCAGUGCCGCUGCACAACUAUAGACAUGGAUUAAAGAUGCAUUAACUGAUGCAUCCAAGUUGAUAAUAUCUGCUUCCAUCGGAGGAAAAGUGCAGCUUUGCAAAGAUUAAAAAAGUAUAUUUUGCUUAAAGGACACGUGAGAAUAAAGUGGGAAGGUGAGGAACUAAUGAGCCUUAUUGUCAUUAUAAUGGAGAGAAGAUGCUGAUACACAAGUGGUUGAAUCAGGUGCUAUUUUCACUCUAAGACAAUACUUUAAGCUACAAUUAAAGGGACUGUUUGUAACUUUCAGAAAUGCUUGUUAACAGCGACACCUGAGCCGUUAAGUCAUUGACUUAACGGCCAUUUUUCCUGCUUCAGCCCCAGAGGCUG